AUGGCGUCAAUCGAUUUAAAAGAUGCUUACUAUUCAGUCCCUAUUGCAAAGCCACACCAGAAGUACCUCAAAUUUGAGUGGAACAACAUGUUAUUUCAGUUUACAUGUUUUCCCAAUGGGUUGGCCUUUUGCCCUAGGAAAUUUACCAAGCUAAUGAAACCAGUCUUUGCCACCCUUCGACCGCUUGGCCACUUAUCGUCAGGUUACAUAGAUGACUCCUGGUUGAUGGGGACAGUCUGGGAUGAUUGUGCAAAAAAUGUGGUUGACACGGUAAAAUUAUUAGACAGUUUGGGAUUUGUGGUACACCCUGAGAAGUCGGUGUUCAUCCCAACUCAAAAACUGGUAUUUCUGGGUUUUACUCUAGACUCAGUUAACAUGCAAGUCUACCUUACACCUGAUAAGGCUGUUAAGCUAAAACAGGCAGCUACUGUUAUGUUGCACUGUAAAAAGCCUACUAUUAGGGAUGUAGCCAAGGUCCUUGGGCUUAUAGUAUCUAGCUUUCCUGGCGUUGCCUAUGGACCCCUUCACUACCGCUAUUUAGAACGAGAUAAAACUAUAGCUCUUAAUGCUAGCAAAUGGAACUUUGAUGCCACAAUGUGCAUAUCCAGCCAAGCAGGUGAAGAGCUUAAGUGGUGGAUUGAAUCAAUCGAGACUGCAUCCAACCCGAUAAAUCGAGGAGAAGUAGAUAUUACCAUUACUUCUGAUGCCUCAAAACAGGGGUGGGGUGCAGCAACCAGUGAUUCUUCAACUGGGGGACUUUGGACUGUUGAAGAGGCUAAGGAGCACAUCAAUUUUCUCGAAAUGUUAGCUGUAUUCUUUGCCUUAAAAUCAUUCAGUUCUUUGACUCAUGGCAAACAUGUUAAGGUCAUGGUCGAUAAUACUACCACUGAAUCAACUAUUAACCAGAUGGGUACAAGCCACUCCCCUAAGCUAAACAAGCUAACUAAAGACAUAUGGGAUUGGUGCAUUAAGCACGAUAUAUGGCUGACUAUGGCUCGUAUACCAGGGUGUGAAAAUGUAAAGGCAGACAAAGAGUAG